CAGUCCAGAGAUGACGUAGAUUUUGCGGGAAACAAGAACUGCAACAAAAAAAAAAACCGGACCGACGGAGCAGCGAAUGCUAACGCUAAACUAGCGGCGCAGUCGAGUCUAGCCUGCUAGCUUCAACUGCUAACUCCUCUUAUUUCCUACGACGUUUGUCCGAUGAGUUCAUUCCAGUGCUAAAAGAGGCAGAGUCACUAUGACUGAAUCAGGUGAUGAUCAGAGAGCGCACAGCUUGGAUUGUUUGGACCUGUCCUCCAUCAACAAAGCAAGUUUCCUGAGUACAGCACAGCCCAGUUAUGGUAAUCCCCUCCACAGUACCGCCUUCGAAGAAGCCCUACUUCUCACAGAUGUGGGAGGAGGAGAGAGAAAAGAUGUGAUGCCGAUCCGGAAUACUGCCGCAAAGAAAGGAAAGCGAGUGUCCGCACACAGGAAGAGGAGGGAGAAAGCUGGGGACGACAAGGAGGUGCAAAAAGGGAGAGGAACCUCUACAAAAACAGUCAAAACCAGGCCAAUAAAGACUGCUUUGACUACACCUGUAAAGGAGAAAGGGAGGACGAGAAAGAAAGGAGCAGUUGAGCAAGAAGGAAAAUCAAAAGGAGAGAAGCUACAUUCAGACCCAUGUGUGAAAAGCAGUCAACCAGUGCCGUCAUCCGAUGUGCAGAUGGAAAAUGUUAUCAAACACGUUGCUAGCAGGAAGACCACCCAGAAGAGGAAUGUAGGGCAGAGGUCUGCACCAAGGGAUAUGAAGACAGGAGGGCUGAAGAAAAAAAGAAAGAGGCAAUCAGAAAGCAGAAAGGUCAACAGCAACCAAGCACAAGGGGAGUCAGAUGUGGAUAGGGAAGGGUCAGAAUCUGAUAAGGACCAGCAGAACGAUCGAUCAAGCCUGUGCUCUGAGGAUAUUACAGACGAGGAUUUAUCCUGGCACCCACAUCAGAAGGAGGCUAGAGUGCACAGUCUAGACACACCCAGGAAGUCAGCUGGACAUGGCAGCUGCCAUCUUAAGCCUAUCAAAGAUUUAUCUUCAGCCAGUGGAUCUACAGGGCCAAAUUGGACUAGUAGGAAUGGGGAAAAGAAGAGGAGGGCGCGCAGUCAGAAGGCAGGAACGCAGUGGGAAGUGGUGCUGGAUUCAUUCCUUGAGUUCUGUCUCCAGUACAGGGAAUCGGUAGAGUCCAAGGUAGUGAAACAGGCCAUUGAUUCUUUCAUUUCCAGCGUUGAGGUGCAAAUCAUGGAAAAGAUCACACUUUCCAAGGAGGUCAGGAUUCUAAAAAGAGAUAACACCAAGGUGGACUCUUUAAUAAAUGAAAAGAGACAGAGGUUAUUGGAUGCUAAGUAUGAGCUGAUCAGGGCAGAACAGCAGUUGUUGUCACAGCAAAAGGAGGAAGCCAAACUAGAGCUACGAUUGGCCGAUCUGAGACGUGGCCAAGCCUUUCUUCGUAACAUCACAGAGCUCAACAAACAAUACCUGGCGCAUCAACGCACACACCCCAAACAGACAGAGGAGUAUGGGGCAUCCAGUUUGCCAGCUCUGCUGUUGGAGACCAAGUGUGUUCUAGAAGCAGAGAAUCAACUGAAGGAGGUCAACCAACGACUAUCGAGGGCACUGGAGCAGUUUAAGGAAUAAAGAAUAGACAGAAAUAUGGAUUAAUUACUACAAAAAGAGAGGAGAGGGUGUCAUUUUACCAUUUUAAUAGCUACACCACGUUUGAGUAGUCUGUUGUAAAAUGUUCCAAUAAAAUUCUGAAGUUGUCGGUAUCAACGAGAAAUCAUAGUGAAUCAAUACGAAACUUGGGUCAAGUGAAAUCGUGACCCGAGUCAACCGCAAGGUGGCUCUGGACUUGGAGUCUGCCUCCAACCUUCCAGGAUUCGGUGCCAAAAAACAUCCCAUGUGUCGUUUCCAUGUUGUUGGUCGGGGGCUUCAUGCUGGCGUCGUGUAUUUCCGAUCUAUUUCGGUUUCAGGUCUCUCUGUCAAGGAGCGGGUCCCAUGCGUUAGCCAUUCAACAACUGAAUUUAAACGGCGAACUUUAAGUAUUGAAAGUGAUUAGUCAGCAUGACGCCCCGUAUGUGUGAUAUGUUUGACCACUAGAGGGAGCACUCCACCCACCCAGAUACAAUCCAGCGUGGCUGCAUGUAAGUACACGAUGAAUCAAGUGUCUUUCAGGUGGGCAGAGACGAGCUGAUUUUAAUCUUAUGACACAUUCAUUGUAUUUUGUUGUAUGCCGGGAAAAUGUGAUUAUAUCUUUCAUUUGACAGUAAUGUUUUCAUCUGUGAUACCCCGUUUCUCUUGAUUGGUAAAAGUUACACGGUAGAGCACAGAUUAAACUAAGAAAAUUUGGGACUUUCGUUCCCUGCAUGGUUUACAGGGCUGCUGUUGGAUCCCUGUGUAUUGUCAAGGCUUCCGUGUCCACUGGACCCAAACAAAUGAGGAUUUCUGCACUCUCAGCGAGGUGCUUUGAAUAUUGACCUACGUUAUGGCAUAUACGUAGAUGUGCAGUGAUCGCAACACGGUCUAAAGGUCAGUCUAGAGUUUUUACCAGUCUUACUUGUUUAUUGCUGCUUUUGAGCCAAUAAGAGUUUUGCGGGAGGAGCAAUAAAAUUACUUAUCAGACUCGUAUCCUCAGCUGCAAUGAGUGAGAGUACUGAUCUCAUCAGAUUUGUCUCCUCUCAGAUCAUGUACCUGCCUGUAGCCAGCGUCCAUGCAGCCUUGUUUACUCACAUGUAGAAAGAGUAAGAUCAGUAUGUGUGCCCUCCGGUAGUGUGGCCCUCACAAACACGAAAACCUGAUGCUGUAGGUACAUACAGGUCCUAUGUCACAUCACAGCUGGAAUAUCACUGUUGAGUUACCUCUUUCUGGAACAGAAAACCCAGUUUCCCUCAUCUCAGGGUCAACAAACUCUGUUAAUUUCUCAAAAUUUUUCAUGUGCGAAAAAAAAAGUAUUUGGUCUGUUGUAUUUAUAUAAAAUGUUCACAUGUAUUUCACACGUUCUCCACAAAACAAAUCCUCCUGUGAGAUAGAGCGAUAAUGUCUGAAGUUUUUAAUUGUAAUUACAAACUAGAUGCUAAAAUCUGCUUGGAAACGGAUGAUCCGCUGUGGUGACCCCUAAUGUAAGCAGCCGAAAGUAGUGGUAGUAGUAGAUGCUAAAUCUGCUGCUUUUCAGUAUCAGCUUUUAUCACGGUAUUUUUUUGAGCAUUUUCUAUUUUAAAAUUCUUGUGUACACAUCGUCUUU